UAAAAAAAAAGUGAGAGAAAGAAAUCAGAGCCUACGAAGAUAAGCGCACGACCAUAUAAAAUCCGAAACCUCAAACAGCAACCAUUAGGGCUUUCAUUUUGGAACGAAGAGCCGUCACUGCUGCCGCAACGCUCGGUUACGCACAACGCAAUGGCGAGGAUCAAGGUUCACGAGCUCAGGCAGAAAACGAAGUCUGAGUUGCUCAACCAGCUCAAGGAUCUCAAGGCUGAGCUUGCUUUGCUCCGCGUCGCUAAGGUCACCGGUGGUGCUCCCAACAAGCUCUCCAAGAUAAAGGUAGUGAGGUUGUCCAUUGCCCAAGUGUUGACAGUGAUUUCUCAGAAGCAGAAGUCCGCAUUGAGGGAAGCCUAUAAAAACAAGAAGUACUUGCCUCUAGAUCUGCGCCCAAAGAAGACCAGGGCUAUUCGCAGGCGGCUUACCAAGCACCAGGCUUCACUGAAGACUGAACGACAGCAGAAGAAGGAGACAUACUUUCCUUUGAGGAAAUAUGCCAUUAAGGUGUAGGACUCUUGGGGAGCAAUCUUGUAGUACUUUUCAAGUUUUGAUACGUCUCAACUUUUAGCUUCGGCUUUGUGGUAUUAUUAAUUUUUUGUGGUGUUAA